CUACAACCUGAUAUACACAAAACAACAACAAGACAGAGAGAGAGAGAGAGAGAGAUUUGCAGAGGCAUCGAUGGAUGCCCUAACGAGUUCUUGCUCGAAGAAGAUCAUCGCUAGUAGCUCCUACGGAAGGAACGGAGCUUCGUUUUGCAAAGCUCGUCUUCUCGGACCUGCUGAGAUUCGAUUUGUCCGAUCCCUGAAGCUCGAUUCCGGUUUUUCCAUAUACCGACAGUCGAUUUUCCUGCUACAGAAGCCGAUCAGAUCGUCGUCUUCUCUGUCUGCGCCAGCUGAGGUAGAUUCAGAGAACGUGGAAACACAGACCCAGCUGAGCCAUCAAUCAAAAACUGUUCAUGUGAAAUUCGAGUUGCAGAGGGCAUGUCAAUUCGGCGAGCAGUUUUUUCUCACUGGGGAUGAUCCCAUUUUUGGCUUGUGGGACCCAGCAAAUGCUAUACUGCUGGAUUGGUCGGAAGGCCAUGUCUGGACUAUUGGACUGGAUAUUCCUAUUGGGAAAACAAUCCAGUUCAAGUUCAUACUCAAAGGAAUCAACGGAGAGAUCCUAUGGCAGCCCGGCCCAGACCGGUGUUUCCAGACUUGGGAAACUGAGAAUACAAUCAUCAUUUUUGAAGACUGGGAAUAUGCAGACCUUCAGAAAGUAACAGAGGAACCACUGGCUGAUCUGAUAGAUGUAUCAGAGGCUAAUGCAACAGGAGAGUUACUGGUUAACUUGGCAGAAGAAUCCAUGGCUAACUUGACCAAGGAACCAAACCAAGAAUCGAUGGCUAACUUGACCAGGGAACCAAACCUCGUAGAGCAUGUAGCAGGAAGCAAUAUCGGAGCUGUAAACAAUGAGAACUGGAUAAGUGUGGAAGAUGCUAAGAUCCCAAUUAGCCAUGGAGGUCCUGUUCUAGUUCCUGGCUUGACCGCUACUCCUGCUCCAAUUUCAUCAACUGAGGAACCAAACCAAGAAUCGAUGGCUAACUUGACCAGGGAACCAAACCUCGUAGAGCAUGUAGCAGGAAGCAAUAUCAGAGCUGUAAACAAUGAGAACUGGAUUAGGGUGGAAGAUGCUAAGAGCCCAAUUAGCCAUGGAGGUCCUGUUCUAGUUCCUGGCUUGACCCCUACUCCUGCUCCAAUUUCAUCAACUGAGGAAGCAUUUUUUAAAGAAGUCACAAAUCGCAUGGUCACCGACGCUUCUGUUGCAGCUGAUGAAGCUACCAACCGUGACACACCUGAGAAAAACUGAAUGAUAAAGGGCCUGAAGAAAUGGCAUCCGAUGGUGGACCUGAGGAAGCGGGCUCUGGUCACAGGCCAGAAGAGCAACCUCAUUUGUCUGAGGAACCCAACCACCAACUCCCAGCAGUUGGCGUUUUAACG